UAUACGCUUGUGCUAAAAAAUAAUUUAGGGGUAUCACAUGCGAUGCAGUGACAAGAAACAAAAGUUGGGCGAGUGCAUUCCCUACGCCGCACCAUCGGUAACCCACGGUAUAAUCAAAUUGUCGAAACACGAAGGGACCUAAGCGCUGCACCGGACCCCCCAAGAGUAACGCUCUACUCCUCUUAUCUGCCGGUUCUAGCUUCACAUCCUUUCUUUCGCAAACUUUCCCGCCUACGUGGUCGGCUGCGCCUGGAAAUUACGCGGAAAAAUGAAAAGAAAAAAAAAAAGCAUGCCGAAAAGCGAGCCGAAGUUUAAAAGGACGAACGCAACAGGAAAGCCAUAAACCGCCCCAACAAAUUUCGAGUGGGAAAGUUCUCCCAACCGCUAUCAGAUGGCGCUGCACGCGGCCAGGCGUGCAUCGGUCGCGAAGUGAGAGGCGCGCAUCAAAGCGCAUGCUCCGUUCCCGCUGUUUUCCCUCAGGCCCCCUUGCUCUCAUCCCUGCUUGGUCUUCUGUUCUCCCCGAGUUGUGAGGAGGGUCUGAGCCCAAUGUGGGAUUUUGUGACCCGUCGCAAACACAGAAUGUGGUGGAGUGGCCGAGUGCGGCGGUGGGUACCGCUCUCCUGAUUUCGACCAGUGGUGGCGCCCUCUCGCCUCCUCUCAUCCACCGUACUCCUGCUCACUCAGCCCGGAACUCCGAAAGCGGGAAAGCGCGCGCGACUGUGCCCGAACAAGACACGUGGCGCACCGCUCGACACGGGGCCGCCGGCAUCGUAAGGUGGACGCAGUAACCUUCCGCUUCAGUGAAGAGGACGUGUCCUUGCGUUCAACUAAUUUGCAAGUCCCUGCUCGGUUUCCAUCAAUAUCGUGCGAAGUUUUAUGAGUAUACACCCAGGAUAUGAGUAGUGUGCUGAGGAUCUUCUUGCGAAGGAUGGAGAAAUAACUUUUUUAAGAGUUCCCUCUCUAUAGCUUUUACUCUGCACUGGUAGUUAAAUGUCAAGCUGUGACCACGUGUAAAAUGACAGUAAAUAUCUGUGCCAGUAAUUUUCUGUAGGGCGGUAAAUUGCUCUUGUUUUUCUUUUCCAUGAGAGAAUUUCGCUAACGAAAUUAAUACCACGCUCGAAUUUUCCGAUUGACUGAACUAGCAGGGCAGAUGGUCAUAGAGACAAGCUUUGUGGCAUGCCAGCUCCAGGUGGCAUGCCUGUUUUAGAUCAAUUAGCCGGUUUUGCGGUGCACAACUUAUCUGUCGUGUCAUUCGACGAUACAAUUCUGAAUGUGCUUCGGGACCACUGCAACAUUUUUACGGUAGUGUAAAAACGAAAGAUAAAUUGAGAAACUACUUGCUUUAUAUGCAGUUCAGAAGAGAAUGCAUUGCCAGAGGAGUUAAUUCAACCUGGUUCUGGAAUUUGUAGAGAUCCCUGCUUUACUGACUAAAUGGCGGAAGCGAGUGUUCAGAGGUGCUUGAUGGCAUGAUGACUGUGAUAUCAUGAUCGUAAGGAAGUUGCCUGGCGUUAGUUUAUGGGGUCGACCCAGAAGACGUUCUAUGAUAUUAAAUUUGCGCUAUGAAGAGAGGUAACAUUUUUUUUCUUUUAGCAGUUGUCUAUAUAUCAUAAUACACCAGUUCCUGCAUCACGUCUGCUACGUGAGAGUUGUGACAGCAUUUCAUGUUAGUGAAAGAACGACAAGGCCGAGAAUCUUGUAGUUUUCUAGCUACUUCUUUGUGCAGCUUUCAUCACUCGUUCCUCGGUCUGUGUACCGAAAGCUUCGCAAUGACCGUAUACACAACGGUAAUGAGUUGACUUGGUGUCCUCGCAAGUUACAGCAAGGUUAGCAGCUGUAAAAUUAAAAAAAAUUUCCAGCAUCAUUCGACAGCAUUGUCGAUGCUUUAAGGUGCUCGAGUACCGCUGUACGUUUUCUAGCGUACAUCACAGGAACUCAGAAUGUAAAAAAAACUCGUGUUACAACACGUAUUUUGGAAAAUAUACUGAUCAUCUAGAUAGAAUAAUGUCAGGGACCGCUGGGUCAUGGAAAAGCGUGAUGGCGUGCCCUCCGGCGUCCACCCGAAUUCCAAAACUCAUGCCGCUGCAAACGACGCGGUGGUCAGGCCAUUGUUUGGUGCUGGUGACAACGCUAUUGUCGGUGUUGCUGCUGCCAACGCUUCUGUCGCAACAUCCUUCAGCUGCCUUAGGAGUGCCUCUUUCUACGGAGUCGACGAGCUGGCUUGCCAGGAUCCGUAGGGACGAGAGCGAAGGAAUCGAGAACAGACAUCGCACCGCAAGUGUAGGCUUCUACAUCGGUGACCCGUGCAACCAGACAUGCAGCAGCGUCCUAUACCACGUGUUCUGCAACCUCACCUCCCGACGCUGCGAGUGCAGGCUGGAGUAUCCAGUCAAUGUUAACAACCGACAGUGCGUCAAAGCCUCCUCGCUGGGCAGCCACUGUGACCAUGACGAGGCCUGCGCCUACUCGGUGCCGCACUCGUCAUGCCAGGAGAACGAAUGUCGCUGCAUCGACGGACACGCUGCGGACUCCCAGUCCACAAAGUGUACACCGUCCCGUGGUGUGGCCAUCUUGGAGAGCACCGAGCUCACAACCAUUGUGAGUGUCGUCGUGUCGCUGAUGCUCUUCACUGCUCUCUUCUGCCUCGUCUUUAGGUUCUGUCGCAAGGCCCGCUGCCGUCCUCCCGACCGCAACAGAACGUGCGAGGCAACGUCACAAAGUCCAGACGCUGUGGUGGUUGGCUCUGAGGAAGCAUCGCUGGGCAAAAGCGGCGAGCCUGCGGCUGCCAAAGAAGUUCCCGGUUCACUAAGAUCAUCGCGCAGCUCGGUGGAAUAUACGGCUUCACGUGUUGCCAGCUAACCCAAGCUGGAACCACAAUUAGACACGCGGCGUAUACAGCGAGACCUCACGUCCUUCUUCUGCGACACAAUGUAAUACAGCACCCGCUUGAACGCUGAAUAAAAUUUCACAUUAUUAACAGAAUGAGAUGCGCCCAGUCGAAAUAAGCGUGGCAGCAGCACCGGUUACAGGAGGGCAACCGAAGAAUUAUCUAGUGCUAUGCGCAGUGUCCAGAAUGUGCACAAAAUGAAAAGAAAAGAAAUGCAGGUGCUUUGUGUAAGUAGGAUUGAACAGAAAGCAAAUAAAUUUG